AUGUCGAUCAGUUGGGGAGCUCAAUAUCCUAAACUGAAAACUAAUCUUCGUCUUGCAAUAAAUCGUUUAAAGCUGAUGGGAAAAAAGAAGACAGAGAUGGCUAUGAAAGCUCGUACAGAAAUUGCUGCCUACAUAUCAGAUAAUAAGGCUGAUCGAGCGCGAAUAAGAGUGGAGCACAUUAUACGUGAAGACUAUCUGGUCGAAGCAUUCGAGAUACUCGAAAUGUACUGCGAUCUUCUCCUAGCGAGAUUUGGAUUGAUAGAACAAAUGAAAACGCUAGAUGAUGGAAUUGCUGAAGCGGUCAUCAGUAUAAUGUGGGCUGCACCACGAAUCGCAACGGACAUAGCAGAAUUCAAGACGAUAAGUGAUCAACUCACCAUUAAAUAUGGAAAACCUUUCGCGGAAGCUGCUCGUGCCAAUCAGUUGGAAUUUCCUGCUAAGGUUUCCCCCAAACUUAUCAGCAAGCUAAGCGUAUCCGCACCACCGAAAGUCCUAGUGGAGAGGUACAUGAUCGAAAUCGCUGCCAGCGCUGGUGUUCCAUUCACACCUGAUCCAGAUGUCAUGAGAGACGACGAAGUGGCCCAAGCAGAAAAAAUGUUGAUUGACUUCAAACAAACUGGUGCUGCCGGCCUCAACGAAGGAGCACCUGUGCCCCCACCUAAUGUUCCCCAAAUCCCACCACAGCCGAGUGAUAAUGUUAACUACGGUUGGAACCUGCCUUCGGGACCACCACCUGGACAUUUUCCACCGCCUAACAUUCCUCCACCUCCUGGUCCCGGAAGUGAAAACGGAGGAGGGAGCGGAGGGAGUCAUAUUUAUGAGGUUCCCAAUAUUGCACCACCCAGUUACGGAGAAUACAGCACUCCUCCACAAAACGUCGGACCUCACUAUACCCCAGGAAUGGUUCAAUUACCAAAGAUUGGACCUGACGGAUUGCCCGUUUAUUCUGCACAUGACGGUCCAACGUAUCCUGCUCUUAGUCAGCGGAACUCAAUGAUCGAAGACAAGAAGCCAAUAGUUCCACCCCAUGCUACGAGCAGUUUUCCAUCCGCACCACCGCAAACAAUCAAGAACCAGAAUGAGGCUGAAGGUGAAUGGACAUUCCCCGAACCUCCAAGCACGUUCAAUGAAGGACCUGGUAACAGUGGCGGCGGCGGCGGUAGUGGUGGUGGUGGAGAGUUAGAUUUCGACGAGUUGGCUAGAAGAUUUGAUCAGCUUAAAAAGAAGUAA